AUGAGACGCUUCACUCGGGACGAUAACCCUCGGCCGCGCAAACGUCAUGCACCGUCCGUCCAAGGUCUAGGCGUUCUUGACAACAUCGGGAUCCCCAAAGCUUCUGCCAGCACGAUCCUCACGCCUGUGCUCGAUAAAUCAGUCCAGCCAUUUACGUUCGUCUGUGAUCCACGUCGGCUGUCCACGAGCCGCCUACACACUACGGCUUUGAGCAGUCGUCCAGAACAGUCGACAUUUUCAAGCGGAGUCUUGACCGAACUUGGCGCCGACAAGCUCGCAGAGGCUUUCAAAACACCAUUCCAUGGUGUAUCUCUGGACAAUGUCGAAAUAAAAGGUCUGUCAAGCGUCUACCUGGCGCAUCCUGCUACUGAAUGCUACCUAGCAUCUCUUAUAACAGCGGAUGCCGAUUCCACCCCACGUGUCGCUGAUGGGGAUCCUCAAGCUGAAGAGGCAGGCGCCAAUCCGACGAUAGAGAACGCGGAGGAGCCAUCCAUAGCGAAGCGCAUACGGAAUCUCUGGACCGUACACUUAUUCUUAUCAUCCGAGUCUGGCAUUGACGCUAAUGCACUAUAG